UGUGCACAAACAUCUGAAGCCAUGCAGAAGCUUCAAAAUGAAGUGUUUAGAUUAUCAAGGGCAAACAGGAUGCUGAACGAACAAGCCUCCUCCUUCUCUGUUGCGAAAGAUUGUGAACUAGAUACUGCAAAGGCCCGAACUUGCAUUCUUGAGAGCAAUGUGAAACUUGCUAAGCAAGAUGGACUAGAAAAGACUCAAAUCAUUGAAUGUUUGGGGUCUGAAUUAUUCUCCACUCAGAAACUUCUCGCAGAGCGAAACAAGGAGAUCUUGAAUUUGAAAACUGAAGUCGAUCGACUCAUGAACGAACAUGCAAGCAUGGAAAGUAAACUGAGAGAAAAUUCUGCAGAGAUUACUGCUGAGGCGGUUCGGAAGCUGAACAAGGGAAAAGCUGAUCUACAUGAACUUCUUUCCUUGGGAAGACAACAUGGUGAUCUUACUGGAAUAGGGUACACUGGCAAGGAGGAAAAUCCUGAAUCCUCUACUGAAGCUUCGAAUGCAAAACAUCCAGGCCUUGGCUUUGCGGACAAAUUAGGGGUUGAGGGGAUGAGUCUUCACGGAAAACCAUCCAGGAACAUGCUUGGCAGGUUCGUGAAAAGCACUGUAAGCAAACCUCUCUCUCCUAAAUCCUCUUUGAAGGUUCAUUUACCUGUGCAGAAACCUGUUAGAAAAAUUCAUCAUAAUUUUGUUCCCAUCUGUCAUUACUGUGGUGUAACUGGUCACAUAAGACCCAAGUGUUAUAAAAUGCAACAUAAUAUUUGUACGGGUAAUGUUUUUAAUUGGAAUUCUUCUGGUAUCCCAGUGAACGUUCAUGUAAUAUCCCGUCAGUUUAUUAAUAUAAAUCAUGUUUUA